AUGAGUUAUUUUCCUCCAGUUCAAGAAGAUCACAAUGGUGUUGCCUAUGGUACAUCCAAUGGUGAAACCAAUGAUACUGGAAUCGAACAAGGAAUGCAAAAUUUGGCGUUGAAAAAGAAAAAGAGGAGUGCUAGAGCUUACCAUAGUUAUACCGAUCAAGCUCAACCAGGGACUCCUCAAGGUCAGGGACAAUUUCAGCAACCUGGUUUCCAACAACCAGGCUAUAUACAAACACCAGGCACUCCUAGUCAGUUUCAAGGAGCUUCGGGGGUUUCAACCCCAGGAAUAGUUAACCCAGCCCUUCCUUCAGUAGCACCAGGCGGUCAAUUCCAAAACCCUACGCCAACUCAGUUUCAAGCUCCCACUCCCGCCCAAUUUCCAGGCAUUCCAAACCCUGGAACUUUACCAAACAAUUCAUCAUCUCAUCUUGUGCAACAGGAUAUUAACAAUCAGGAUUACGAUCAAAGCUUAUCAGUACCUCAUAAAAGAUAUACCGAUCAGAAUGAAUAUAUGGGAUAUUCAGCAGAUUCUGAAUUGCUUUUAAGACCAUUCUUAACAUUUGAAAAUAUUGUAUCACCAAGUGCCGGGACUCAGUAUCAAAGUUACGAUCAAGGGACAGCUUCUUCUAAGUUCAUAAGAUCCACCAUGUAUAAUAUUCCAGAGAACGAACAACUUAGACAAGCUUCAAAAUUACCUGUAGCAGUGACUGUGCGUCCAUUUGCUCCAAUUUUACCGGGUGAAAGUCCUAUACCUGUGGUAGAUAUGCGUGAAACUGGAAAAGGUAAUGUGGAUGAUGAAGACAUCGGGCCUAUAAGGUGUAAUCGUUGUCGUACAUAUAUGAAUCCCUCAAUGCAACAUUCACACAAUAAUAAGUUCACAUGUAACAUUUGUCAUUUCACUAAUAACACAGUGCCAGCAGAUUACUCAUCUAUGAUCACUCCUGGUACCAAUAGAAGAGCCGAUUCAAAUAUAAGACCUGAAUUACAUAAGGGAGUUUACGACAUCUUGGUACCCAAAGCUUAUAACUUCGGAGGUCCUGAAAAUACUUCCAAACCCAUGCAUCAUGUGAUCUUAGUGGAUAUAAGUAUCAAUAGUAUUAGAAAUAGCUUACCAUCAUUACUUGCUGAUACAUUAAGAUCUAUUUUUUACAAUGAUAAUAAUGAAAGUGGUGAAGAGAUUAAUGAUUUUGAUCAACAAACUAAAAAGCCCACCAGAAAAUUUGCUAUUAUUCUUUUUGAUAAGAAGCUUCACUUUUAUAAUUUGUUACCUUCACUCGAAAACACUCAAAUCACCAUAUCUUCUGAUUUAGAUGACCCUUUUGUUCCAUUUUUCGAAGGUUUGUUUGCUGAUGUAGAAGAAAGUCGUGUUGCCAUUGAGGAUGCUUUAAACAACUUAGAAGAUAUGUGUAACAAUGAUUUAUUAGUUUCUGAUGAUGAAUGUUGUUAUUCGACUGCUUUAAGAACAGCUAUGUUAUGUCUUAAAGAAGUUGGGGGAGGUAAAAUUACUUCGGUUUUAGCAAAUUUACCAUCCUGGGGACCUGGUGGGUUAAGUUUUAAAGAUCCCAACUCUCAAGCAGCUAAAUUGUCUCCCGAAGUACAAAAGAAACUUUACAAUCCUGACAGUGAAUACUAUAAAUUGUUGGCCAAGGACUUCUUAAAAGAAAAUGUUGGUUUAGACUGUUUUAUUGUAUCAACUACACCUGUAGAUUUGUCUAAUAUCGGAUGGUUAUGUUCAGUGACUGGAGGUGUUUCAUAUAAAUGGACCAAUUUUAAUUAUGAAAGAGAUGCUAGAGAAUUUAGUGGAAGAUUCACCAAUUCGAUAUUGAAAUCCAAAGGGUAUCAAGGACAGUUGAAAUUACGUUGUUCCAGUGGUUUACAAGUAUCGGAGUACUAUGGUACUUCUUCCUCCGUAUCAGAAGUAUCGGUUGUUGGGGCAUCCACUCAAGAUCCAAUCAUCCCAGUUAUAAGCGAAGACUAUUCUGUGACUGUUCUUUUAGAAUAUGAUGGACAAUUAUCAGCCAAGAACGAUUGUCAUUUCCAAGCAGCUUUGUUAUUUACCGAUGUUGAAGGAAAUAGAAAAGUUAGAGUCAUUAAUCUCGUAUUAGCAGUUAGUGAGAGAUUAACUGAUAUUUUCCAUUUUGUCGAUCAAGAUGCAGUUGUCACCACCAUUAUCAGGGAUACUUUAUCAUUUGUAGGUAAACAAAUGAUUAAUGAAUUAAGGGAAUCAGUAGCAGAGAAGCUUGUUGAGAUAUUAACCCAAUAUAGAGCCAAGAGUGAAUUAGGUCAUAAUUCCAACAGAACUUUAACUAACCAAUUAUUAAUGCCUGAUUCUUUAUCCAAUUUACCAAUGUACAUUUUAGCAUUUUUGAAAACCAACGCAUUGAAGGGCAGUGCCAAUAUUAAUGUCGAUAAAAGACUAGAAGAUGUUUAUCAUCUUUUGAACAUGCCUAUCGAAAGAUUGAUGUAUCAAUUAUAUCCAGCAUUAGUUGAAGUACAUAGUUUGACUGAUAUUGAAGGAACUAUAUCACAGGAAGAAAUUAACGUUCUGAAAUUCAUCACCCUUCCAAAAUUCAAGGAAUUAUCUUUGUUAAAGUUAGAAGAUGGUGUUUAUAUCCUUUGUGAUGGUAGAAGAGUAUUAGUAUGGGUUAGACCCCAUGCCAAUCCUCUCUUGUUAAAAGAUUUGUUUGGAGAUCAUGUAGAUACUGUUGAAAAAAUUGAUCCUUUGAAUGACGAAUUACCAGAUUUACCAACUGAAAUCUCACAGAAAGCUCGUAAUUUGAUUGAAUUUUUCAAUACCAACAUUAAUGGAUUAAAUUGUGGAUCAUCAGCUGUUCAAAUUAUAAGAGAAAGUCAUGACGGUUCUGAUAUUUUAUUUAAAGAACAUCUUGUUGAAGAUGGUUCUAAAUUAGCUAUUAACUUGAAUAGUUCUACUUACAUCGAAUUUUUAUCCAAAAUCCAUAAAGCCAUCAAGGUUAAAUUGGAAAAUGAUAAAACUUACAGUAAAGUAAGACAAUCCAUUACUCAGGCAGAACAUUCCGAUACCCUUGCCCAAAGAUUUAUACAAUUUUAG